AUGGCUUCACUGUCAGCUGAUGAUGUUUCAGCACUUGUGCAAGCGGCUACAGAUGCGGCUAAAGCCGCCAGUGAUGCAGUGACUGCUUUGCGUGAAGCUCAAGCGUCCAGAGCUAGUGGCGGUGGCUUCCAGGAGGCCAGUAAGGUUGUUAGACAGCCUGAACCGUUUGGGAGUGAGAACCAUGAGGAUGACCUGUCGAAAUGGCAGGACUUCAAUGUCAACUUCAAGGUUCGAGCUAUGGUCAUUGGCUAUGAACGCACGACGAUGACAUGGAGCCCUGGCAAAAUUCAUUCAGAGUUGGGCAUUUUGUCCAAUCCCAGUUCAAAUGGCAUGCUGAUGCUGCAAUGCCAACGACAACUCUUGGCGUUGGCCAUGGACGUGAUGCUGACGAUGACGGGGCAUGAGCUCUAUAAGCUGCUGGUAGCAUGCGCUUGCACCUUCGUUUGCAUGCUGCUGGGAUUUCUAUGGGUCACAGCUCACCAUGGAUCUCAGUUGCAACAGCGCCUUCACCGCCUUCGAGUAGACUUCAACUUGAGAAAGGUCUUGGAGAUCUUGAAAAAUGCUUGUAGAAAGAACAGUUGUGAAGGAGGUGAAGAGGAACAGAAGACAGAAGACCCUGUCGUCAACCCUGAUGAAGGUGAGUCGUCAGAUGAACCAGAGUGCGAACGUGAUAGAUAUGCAAGGUAUCAGCAGAGCAGUCUUGAAGAAGUUUCUGAUGAUGAAUUCUGGAGGUACAUUCACCAUGGCAAACCUGAUGAUGAUGAAGAUGCUUCAGCCCAUCGAACAUACUCCGAUGCACAUAUGGAGUCAGUGAUGCGGGAAACCAAUGAUCUUCUCAAUGCUCGCAUUCGACGUCUGCGAGGAGAAUAUGAAAAUUCUGAGCUGGUGAAUGACAUGAUGGCCAUGGAGUCCAUCACCGACCAGAUUGAUGAAGCUGCUCAUUUGCGUUACAACAUUUAA